CGACCAACGCAGAGUUAUUGUCCGUAUUGCAUUCACAGUGUGCCUUUCUGCUUAGACCGUUCCCAGUGCAGUUUUUCUAGGGUACUGGACUAACAUUGUGUAAGCCAGCAGAACAGCAGAUCCAAUUCAAAGCAUCCUUUUUCCAAUUUAUACGACUAAAAAAUUGGUUCUCUACAGUCUCACAGCAAUCGGUAUUGAUAUUUUUGUACGGUGAUAUCUACAAAGAAACGCAGGAACCGCCUUACGUGCCCGAAACAAAUCUGCUACAACGAUCCACUAAUUUUUUGAGCGGGUUCGCUACAGUCAACCUGCAAAAGAAUAACAAGUAUCCAUGCCUCCAGAGGUUACCCACGGUUUUAAUACCACAUCAGCAGGUGUAGUAGUUGUUCCCGUUCAACCCAGCCAAGAUGGCCCAGCACAUCAACUAGAACCCACGGCCGCAUUGCGGCAAGAGGAGUCUACCAUGGCAAUGUUUACGCUAAGCCUGCCGCCAUGUCGAGGAAAAACAAGUAAGUGCACCUUAUCUGCAACAACACGGCAUAAUAUUAUCGCCGGCAAAGACUCAUGCAAGGAGCAGAAUGCAAGCAUCGGGAGCAUCAACGCCCGAGAGUUGUUCCAGCGGCUCGACAACGAUUGCCCUGCCGUAAUUCUCAUCGAUUGCCGGUCGUUCCUGGCAUUCAACAAGAGACAUAUCAGUGGGGCCGUGAACGUGAGUUGUACGAACAGCAUGACGAGGAGACGAUUACAGCAGGGUAAAUUGACUUUGGCCGACCUCGCUUCUUGUGACGCGGAUAGGGACGUUUUGUGUUCCCGGUGCGACAAGGACGUGGUUGUUUACGACGAGGAUACUCUUACUUCCGAAUGUCUCACGGCUAACCACCCCACUCGAGUGGUUCUCAACUCCCUCAAGAACGAAGGCACGAGAGUCAGCCUCCUCAAAGGUGGUCUGAAAGAUUUCGAGAACCAAUACGAGCGCAUGUGUCGAAGCGACAUCGAGAAUAUCCACAACAUCUCAGCUGAACCAGCGUUAUGUUCAUCACCAGGUACCAUCUCCGAGGCUGAAUACACCACCGCCAAACAGAAAGAAAUUGACAUUCCCGCCACCCAACUCUUAACGUUUCUCUACGUCGGCAACGAGAGAGAUGCAGCUGACAUGGAGUUUCUCCAACAGGAGAGAAUCUGUAAUGUCCUGAACGUGACCCAGUCUGUCCCAUGUUUCCACGACAACAAACUCGUAAAUUACAAGAGGAUAAGUGUCCGUGAUAACUCCUUAGCCAACUUGAAGAAGCACUUUGAUGAUGCGUUCCAAUUUAUCGAGGCCGCCCGUAAACGUCAUGAGAAGGUUCUUCUUCAUUGUAGUGCAGGUAUCUCUAGGUCUUCAACCAUCGCUAUUGCUUACAUCAUGAGGUACAGAGGAAUGUCAAUGUCAAAGGCAUACAAUCUCGUCAAGUCUCGCCGAUCCAUCAUCGCUCCCAACCUGAACUUCGUCGGUCAGCUCGCAUCCUACGAAAAAAUAAUCAUUCAGUCGUUACCGUCAUGCGCCCAUCAGAUCAAGAGGCGAACCGCUUCUCCCCACCCUCCAAGGCCCUCUUCACUCGCCGAGACAGCCCUGUGAAGGGCUGUACGGCCAAGAACAUUGAUAAAACCAACUCGCCAGCUUGCCAGAAAACAGACAAUUAAGUUGAAUUGACAAUAUUAAACUGAUGACGCGAUCGCCUCUAUAUAACAGACUCAAUGAAGAAUUUCAUGUUUGUGUUGUUGCCAAGUUUUACAGAGCCAACUCGAUUAAAUGGGGGACACUAUACAUCAUAAUACGAGAGCAGACCUGACUGAGUAGAACAUUAUUGGCAUUGAACUCAAUGGGCUGGGCCCAGGCUAAAGGGAAACGUCAACACUCUACGAGGAAGCUAUCAAUUAAAAACCAACUCUCGAAGCUUACCAACCCACCGAGGUUUUAUAACUGGAAUGACGACCCCGCAUUAUUUUUUAUAACAACUUGGAAAAGAGAAAGGUCAGCGACUGUCUCAAUUGAUUUAAGACAGAGACUUUCAUAAAGAGCUUAAAGCUUUUUUUUUUUUAAAACCCGGUGUACCGGUUUUUCGGAGUUGUUGGUUGCUUUGAGGAAGUGCAAUAAACUUUUGUCAUUCCAGCUUUGCUAUUAAACUCUUUGCACUUGAUUGUUAAUGUUAUACUUUUUAUGUCAACAUUAAGACAGCAUUAAGCUUUAGACAUCAGGUCUAUGUUAUAAUAUCAUUCAUGCAAUGUCAUCAAUAUAUUCAUUUGCAUCGACAUCAUUCAGCUAAAAAAGAAUGCACAUUUGGAAGGUGUGCAUGUCGAACAAAAUAAUGCAGAAAAUAAGGUUUUGCCGUUAUUUAAUUAAAUAUACAGAUACACAAUCAUGCGUUUAAAACCGGACAACAAUAGAACCGAUAAUCGAGUUAUUCCACUAAUAAUUAACUGAUAUUGAUACUGAGUAUACUGUUUACAACAUUAAACAAGAAGUUGGAUGAAACAUAAUCACAAAUACUGGGUCCAGUUUCGUAAAGCUGUUGAAAAGGCAGCGUAAUAAUAAGAUUUUUUGACAAUAUUUGUUAAAGACAAAACUGGGCACUUUUUGGUAUGGGCUAGUAUAGUUGCCAGCUUUUGCUAUUUAUGGGAUAUUGUUAUCAAUUUACGUGAUCACAAGGUCUGCGAAGCUAAAACAAGACAAACAACCCUAUUAAAAGAUCACCAGACCAUGGAGCAAGGACAUUGUCUUAAACAACACCAAAAAACAAUGUAAACAACAAACCUCAGUCUCUGAUGUUUCAAACAAUAUAGUCGGAAACAUUUUUUACAGGUUGAUUGAAGAAAAACAGUUUUUUUAAAGUAAGUUGUCACACUGUACAAUUCUUGACAUGUAGAUCUUUAAAAUCACUCACAUUCUGUUUACAUUUGAAAUAUUAUAUCUGACGAACCCAACAAAGUUAUGACUCAAAUUCAAUGUAAUACUGGCGACGUGGUUGGGUAACAGGACUUUCGAAAUAAUAUAUUGGUACCCGCAUUGUGCUCACCGCAACCAUCAAGUUUCCCUGGUUUGGUCUGGUGCAUGUUUGCCUCUGAGGUAUUAAACAUAAUACCUGCAUGUGUAGGCGAUUUGACGUAGAGGCGGUCCCCAGACGAUGUGACACAACGGAUGUUUUGUGACUGUUUUUAACGGAUAUCGCAGGAAGCCAUGUUUGCCGGUAGAAUAACCUCUGGAUAAACAGUUUCCAUUGUGUGGCUGUCAAAUCUUUAAAAUCUCAAUCAGAUUAUGGUGCACGUGAAAACAAUGCAAAUCUCUAUAAUGGCGCAUUCAAAUAGAGUUUCCCUGGUUGUUUGCCAGAAUAUCUACAUGUAUUCCGUUUGACGGAAACACAUGUCUUUGCUCAUCUAUUUGAAAGACACGUGUGUGUUCCAAACAAAACGAAGACGAGAGAGCUAUUGCCUUAACAGUAACAAGUAUUUUAAACGUGAUAUUGGAAUUGUAAAUAUUUUUUUCAGGAUACGAUAAUAAAAUAGCACUGCGUACAGCUGAAAUUA